UUGAUCCUGCUCAACACACACACAGACCGUCGAGAACUAGCUAGAGCUACCUUGCAAUCGCUUGAUCCUGCGAAACACACAGAGAGCGAGAGAGAGACGAUCGACCAGACAAUGGGCGUCCUGGACGCGCUGUCGGAGAUGUGCCCGUCGCUGCGCACGCGGCGGCGCAUCAAGAAGCGGCCGCAGCUGACGACGGUGGAGAUGAAGGUCCGGAUCGACUGCGAGGGCUGCGAGCGCCGCAUCCGCAAGGCCCUCCACGGCCUCCACGGCGUCACCGGCGUCGAGGUGGUGCCCAAGCAGAGCAAGGUGGCCGUCACCGGGUACAUCGACGACCCGGCCAAGCUCAUGCGGCGGGUGGCGCGCAAGACCGGCAAGCGGGUGGAGCCGUGGCCGUACGUGCCCUACGACGUCGUGCCGCACCCCUACGCGCCCGGCGCCUACGACAAGAAGGCGCCGCCCGGGUACGUCCGGAACGUCGCCGCCGACCCCGCCGCCGCGCCGCUCGCCAGGGCGUCGUCGACGGAGGUCAAGUACACGUCCGCCUUCUCCGACGACAACCCCAACGCGGCGUGCAUCGUCAUGUAAUUUUUUGUAGCCGUUCUUCUCUUCCUAGUUAGUACUGUAUAUACUAGUGUACGUACUACGUAGUUAGGUUGUACAGUACGAGCGAAGCAUUUUCCGUAUUAAUUUGCUAUGUAUUCUCAAUAUCGACUAUAUAUGCUGUAUCCGACUAUAUAUCGAUUCUCUUAUGCUUCACGCCAUUUAGUUUCGUGUCUCCAUUUCGAAAAAGAA